AUGCGACUUCUCCUACUCACAUUCCUGAUUGCGUAUGCUUCGACGGUUUCUGCUGCCAUAACGUGGACACUUCAGAAAGCCUCGAACCCCACAGCCGAUCAGAACGAUGCGUAUCAGAAGAUAGAAGCAGCCAUGAAGCUUGCAAUCGCUAGAUAUUCGAGAUUCUCCGAUGCCAACAAAGUUAUACGCGUAUACUAUGCACCCGGCGUUCCGACAGCUGAAGCAAACUACAAUGGGGAUCUACGCUUUGGCUCAAAUCGAUCUUACAUGACUGAGCGAACAGCUAUGCAUGAAAUCUCGCAUACGCUCGGUGUUGGACAGACUGCUGCAUUUGAUCGGAAAUGUGCAGCAGGUGACUGGGCAACUGCGCUUCCACUGCUCCGUUCGUUCGAUGGACCUAGCGCAAAAAUCAACUGUGGUGGUGGGCACUUCUGGCCCUAUGGUUUGAAUUACGACAAUGAGUGGAGUGAGACGAACGCAGAUCGUCAUGUGAAAAUGGUGGAGGCAAUGCUAACUGAUGGAAUGUAA